GUCGUUGCGAUUAACGUUAUCAGGUUCCACACACAAAAUGCUUACCCAGUUUUUCUGCCUUGCCACACCUUUCUUGCUAAAUCGUUUGCAACUUACUCAGGCAAUGCCCAAUAAUAAUAACAAUUACAUAUAUCAAACCGAAGACUGUGGCCCAGGUAUCACGGCAGGAAAUAAGCCUUCGAUUGCCCCAACCACAGUGAAACCACAGAGAGUAGUACCAGAUCCCAAAUGCCUGCUGCCCAUGGAAGUGGGUCCUUGUCGCAUGAAUCUGGAGAGGUUCUACUACAACAAGGAUAAAAAGGCAUGAGCGACCUUUAAGUACGGUGGAUGUCGAGGCAACGACAAUCGCUGGGGCUUCCGGCAGACUUGCGAAGAGGCCUGUCUCCCAAACAAAUGA